AAUGGCGCCUAGUCCUUGUGUACGAUAAGUAACACAUGCGUCAUAGCAUUUAAGCGUUUUUGAAUUUCGUUUUUUGAAAGGAAAGUACGCAUACUUGUUUCACGCAUUGAUUCGUCACUAAAAUAAACAAUAUGUACGCAGAAGUUACUGAAUUAUCUGAUGAAGAGAUGGAAAAUGUUGAGGACCGUUCUUUUUCAAUAAAGAAAUAUUCUACUGAGAACAUCGAUACAUUUGUUAACUAUGUGGGUCUAGAUGAUAAAUAUGUUCUUGAAUUUCAUGUGAGUAAUGCGUGUAUGUCGGGUCAUUUGCAAAUCAUUCAGGAAUAUCUUCAGUCACAUGAUAUUAAUGGCUUUUUAUAUAAUGGCUGGACACCACUUUUAUACGCUGCAUCAUGUGCUCAAGCAGAAACCAUUGAAUACCUAAUACAAAAUGGAGCUAAUGUUAAUCAACAUAAAGAUGGAUAUACUUCAUUAAUGGCUCUAUGCAGUUCCACAAAAAAUACAACAGAAGAACGAAUAAAAUGUUUAACAUUACUUAUAAAAGGAAAAGCUAAUGUACAUGCUAUUGAUAAAUAUAGACAAACUCCUCUGAUGUAUGCAUGUACAUCGCAAGAACCACAAUUUGUAAUAGAAUUAUUAAAAUAUGUAAAAAAUAUUAAUGCUUAUGAUAGUAGAAAUCAAACUGCUUUAAUGUAUGCAACAAUAGCAAACAAACCAGACAUAAUAAAAAUACUAAUAGAUAAUGGAGCUGAUGCUACAUUGACUGAUUAUAAUAAUUUAACUGCUAAGGAUAUAGCUUUAAUGAAAGGACAUGAUAAGAUAGUAUCCUUAUUAAACUUCAAUGAAGAAGAAGAAGUAAUAACAGUCAGUGAAAUAUCUAAAAUAUAUGAUUGGAAAGAUAUGUUUCCAUCAUUAACUGUUAUAAAUGCUCAUACUAUUGACUUUGAUGUAUUCACAAUUUUAAAUGGUAUGGGAUUAGAAACAUAUGCUCGUAAUUUUGAAGGGAUGACCCUUAAAAAUUUUCUGAAAUUAACUGAAAACGAUCUGUGCAAUUUAAAAGUAGAAAUAAAGGCCCAUAGGACACAGUUUAUGGAAUUUCUCCAUAAGUUUCAUAGAAAAAAGUGGAAUAUACGCAGUAUCGGUGGUAUUGAUAAGUCCUUACCAUAUACAAUAUAUGAUGGUGUUGUCUCUUUGGGUAUUAUAUCUAAACAAAUUGCAGUCAUAGGUUCUAGUUUUCAGUACAUUAAAAAUGGUUUAUUGGCAGCAAAUAAUGAAAAUGUAUACUUAACUUCAGAACAAAUAUCCAAUUAUGAGGAAGAACUGAAAAAAACCCAAAAGACACUGGGCACUCUUAAAAGGGAACUUACGCUAGUAAAAGCACUUUCUAAAAGGGUGAAAAAGAAAAAUGAUAUUGGUAUACCAGCUACAUAUAUAGGUCCAAAAAGACAUAACUCAAAAUGGCUACUGUCUUUAAGUAUUGGCACAAUUAUUAGUAUAUACUUACUUAGAAGAGUAUAUAUCCAGAGAUUAAUUUAUACGUAAUAAAAAAUGAUUUAACCAUUCUUUUUGAUUAUAUUAAUAAAUUACUAUACAGAAUUCAUUAGUAUUAUUGCAUACAAACGUGGAAAAUUCUUGGCAAAAUACACAUUAUGUUUACAAAUUUUACAAAUUUUAAUGGUCAUCCAAAUUAGCCAACUUUUUCAUUAAUGGAAAUAACGGAUGAAACGAUGGAAGAUUAUGUUGUCUGACAGUUAAUUGAUAACGUUCUAACGGACCACUACAAAAAGUUAAUCUGUCCCUUUCAUUUGGAUGUUUAUCCAUCCAUUGGGACAAUCGUCCCACCGACCAACUUGCACUCUAAAACAAUAAUGUGUUUACCUAUCUUGAGGUCAACGUUUCAUAAAUAAUUUUGCAAUGGGAAAAGCUGGUAGCUCGUCUACAAGUAAACCCAGAUUAUUCACAUUGCCGUACCUGAUGUGGAGAUACCAGUUCCGGAGGUGCUGUGCAAAAUAAAUGCAGAAGAAUAAGAGAGCGUGGUAUUCCGCUUUCUCCUGCUCCAUCUAACACUUUUUGGACGAUUUCUUCUGGACUAAGCGGAAGCAAUACUUUUAAUGCUCGCAAUGUUCUAUAUUGUUGUUGUUCUGAUGAACCUAAUUGUCCACCUCUACACAAUGGAGCAACAGCUACUUCUAUCUAAACAGAAAUAGGAUUUAUUUUAAAGCUUUUUUUAUACUAUAACAUACCACGACUCUUUAAUGAUAUAAAUGCUUAAAUUUCCACAACAUGGUAAUAACCAUACCUGACUGAAGUCAACAAUGAGUUUUGCUCUUCCAAAAUCUGUUAAAGGUCUUAGUAAACAAGCAUGUCUUACAAAAAGUUCGAUACAUCGCGAAGCAACUGUCUUGCAGCUUAAACAGUAAUUAAACAAUUAAUAUUAUGGGACAAAUAUCAUAUGAAAUAUUAUAAUUGUACUUAAUUACCAUUCGGCAACAACGAUUUGAUUUUUAUAUGGAACAAGGAAUGUGUUCACAGAACGUAAAAUAAACCCUUGUAAUUCGCGCAUGUACAAUGAAGAGUUAAUUUCUUUUCCUAAAGGACUGCUUGGGCUGUGCAAAGAAAAAAUGAAUGUAUCAUUAAUCGUACAUCACGUAUGAACACGUUCCAAUUAAGAAUUAAGAUAAUUUAUUUACUUACUCCCGAAACUCUGGAUCAUCGUGCAUAGUUAAUAUAAUACUUUCAAUAGCAUCGCUGAUAGAGGAUAAUAACGGUGCCAGUAUGUUCUUUGUUAGCGUAUCUGUUUCCUUCAGAGCUACAGAAAUUAUGGUACUUCCUUCAGUUGGCAAACCAGCAGACAAAUUCGCCACUACACGACUUAUUUGACUAGAAAGAUAAUACAGCAGGUUUGCGAGAGACACGUUAGUCUGUUGUACAGUGGUAGGCGAAUCGAUUACUUGACUAGCUUCUCCUCCCACAAAUAACCCCUGUUCACACUUUAAACAGAAAAGUCUUACAGCUUUGCCUACGUUACGGGCAACAACUGUCGAAAGACCAUCAUCGACUAGUGAUACGCUUAAUUCGCUAAAAAUAAACGAUUAAAUGAUGUAUUUUUAAUAUAUGAACACAAAAAUAAAAUAUAGUACAGUUAUUAUUUUACUUUGUUACUGUACGAAUGAGACUAUCAAUUUCGUCCUGAGUAGGCAAUCCUUCACCCGAGAACAUGGUAUGUACUGGAUCCAAUAAACGUGAUACUGAACGUGAUAAGUAUGCGUUUUCAAAUGGAGACAAUACAUCACGACUAAAAAAAAGACCCAAAAAUAUGUAAC